UGUCUGGGUAGGCAGUGUCGGCAGAGCGGGAAACACAAGUGGUGAAUUUAUUUUACUGCAAUAUUACGCUUACAAUACACUGCAGCGGUACGGUUUGUGUCAUACUGCUUAUUACCGCGGUCUGCACAGCGUCUGGAGUGCGGCAGGCCUUGCGUUUCCAGACUGAAAUGUGCAGAGAGGAGUAGGAGGAGGAAGAAAGGACAAAUGAAGGAGGAGGAGGAAAUAGAAGGAAAGUAGAAAAAGAGGAGAAGAAGAAAAUGUUAAGAAGACAAUAUUUAGCUUCAUUUCCACUGUUUUCCAGGCAUGUAAACAAUGACCGAGGAGGUGGAACCCAUGCCUACUUCUCCCCCCGAGUCUCUGGACCUGGACAAGUUCAGGAAGGUCGUGAGGAGCUCCAUCGAGAGGCAUCACUACCGCACAGCAAUGUUCUGGGCGGACAAGGUGGUGAGUCUGAGUGGCGGCGCAGCGGCUGACGUGUACUGGCUGGCACAGACGUACUACCUCACCAAGCAGUACCACCGCGCCAUCGUGCUGCUCACCACUCACAAGCUGCUCAGGAACCUGACGUGCCGGUACCUGGUUGCACUGUGCCACUAUGAGGUUGGGGAGUACCCAUCAGCACUCAACAUUCUGGAGCACAACGACAACAACAACAUGUCGCCCAGCAAGGUGAAGGGAGAGCCGCUGUCAGUGCCAGAGAUUGAUGAUGUCAUGUCGACCACUUGCUCCACUCACCUGCUGAAAGGGUACAUCUACGAGGCGACAGACAACAGGGCGCUGGCUGCCGAGAGCUUCCAGGUGGCUCUGCAGGCCGACCCCAUGUGCUGUGAGGCCAUCCACGCUCUCACCCAGCACCACAUGCUCACUGCCAAGGAGGAGCAAGACCUGCUGAGUUCCGUGCCACUCUCCGGGUGGUGCAGCGAACCAGAGGGUGCCGUGGUUCGCGCUGUGUACCAGACACGAACCAAUAAGUACUGCUCCCCAAACCAGACCAUCCCACAGCCUGUCGCAGCACUGGGCACCAAUGCAGACUUCCUCACAGCACAGGCUGAGAAGCUCUACUAUAACUGCAACUUUUCCCAGUGUUAUCGCCUCACGCAGGAGGUGCUGAAGAAGGACCCUUACCACACCGAAUGCCUGCCCAUCCACAUCUCCUGCCUGGUGGAACUUAAACAGGCCAACACUCUCUUCCUGCUGGCACAUAAGCUAGUGGACCUAUACCCAGAGAGCGCCCUUGCCUGGUUCGCUGUCGGCUGCUAUUACUAUCUUAUAGGUAAGAAUGAACAAGCCAGGCGGUACCUCAGCAAGGCCACCACCCUGGACCGUGUCUUUGGGCCGGCCUGGAUUGCGUAUGGCCACUCCUUUGCUGCAGAGAAUGAGCAUGACCAGGCGAUGGCGGCUUACUUCAAGGCAGCACAGCUCAUGAAGGGGUGUCACCUGCCCCUCCUCUACAUUGGCAUGGAGUAUGGACUCACCAAUAAUCCCAAGUUUGCCGAGAAGUUCUUCCGAGAGGCCCUGGAGAUCGCGCCGUCAGAUCCCUUUGUCCUCCAUGAGCUGGGUGUGGUCGCCUUCAGUAAUCAGGAGUAUGGCGUGGCAGAGACCUACAUGAGGAAGGCGGUUGCGCUGGUGGAGGAGGGCGGAGUGGCGGCGGCGGUGGUGCCGGAGAAGUGGUCAGCGCUGCACAACAACCUGGCACACACCUGUCGCAAGCUGGCCAAGUACGAGGAGGCCAUCCACUUCCACCAGCAGGCCCUUCGUCUGUGUCCGGGCGUGGCGUCAACAUACUCAGCCCUGGGACUCGUGCAGGCGCUGGUGGGGGACUACGAGGCGGCCGUGGUGUCCCUGCACAAGGCUCUCUCCCUGCACCGCGACCACACCACUGCCACCACACUCCUCAACACUGUCAUGGAGCAGCUUACGGCUCAGACACCAACUUUCCAGGGAGAUGACAACGUGCCUCCCCUGGACCUCCCCUCAGAGCUGGUGGGGACUGACACAAACACUAGCGACCUAACACCAGCAUCUGCCGAGGAGCCGCUCAGUGACACCAACCUUCUGGGCUCCAGUAUAGGUCAGCCUAUGAUGCACUCCUCAGAUGUAGCAGGAGACUCCCUUAGCCACUCGGAGAGCCAGUCCUCGGCACUCAUCAUAGAGGACAUGGUGAUGGAUGACCAGAGCCCCUGAGCCACACACAAAUACAAAUAUGAACAGUAGAUGCUCCCGUUAUCAAUUUCUUCUGCCCAGUCUCUAAUAAAUUUUUUCUCUGCCAAAUGCAUUCACUUCUUGUGUUUGUGAUUUGCCACGUCUGUUUUAUUUUAAUAUAAAUGCCAGAAGAUGC